UCACCAUGAGCAUCCGAUCCUACGAUCCCGUCAACGACUUCAUACACAGUACACUUACCCAAAUCACUGGAGCCCCAUCCCGAGCUUCCAUCAAAACUCUCAUCAAAGAAAACAAAGAUAAUGCCCGAAACAUCCAUAGCGCCCGCGGAGCAGGCGACGAAGGACACCUCCGUCUCUGCUACCAACUGGUCGACUACAAUGCAAGAGCCCAUCUUGCUGGCAACCCCUGGAUCGACCCAGCUCAUCCAGGAGCCCGCCCCAACAUUCCACCCGGUGCCACUGCAGCACAAAUCCAAAACGAAGUAGCCAACCACCAAUACGACCUCCAAGAAUUCCAAGUCUUCCAAUCAACUGAAAAGGCACUCCUCAAACUAGCCAUGCAAGCCACCGAGGAAGUAUACUACAAGGCCUUGGAGGACCCCGAAGAAGGCUACUCCCACGUUCGUUACAUCGACUUCGUUGAACACCUCCAAGAAACCUACGGACAACUCACCAAUGACGACCUCGACAAAAACAUCGAACGCAUGAACACCAAAUGGUCUCCUAAUGACCCAAUUGAACAGCUCUUCAACCAAAUCAACGACGCCCAAGCCUUUGCACGUGGACAUGACGAAAUCACAGACCGUUCUGCCCUCCGUGCUGGCCUCAAAAACCUCGAAAACAGUGGCGUCUUCCCUCUGGCCCUCAAAGAUUGGCGUGCCAAACCAACACCACAACAAACAUGGGCCAACUUCCAAACACACUUCAAAGAAGCAAACAACGAACGCAUCCGCACUGUCACCACGAAACAAGCCGGCUAUCACGAUCAACACCAAGCCAACGCAGCCAACACCGACAAUCCCUACAUCGUGACACUCAACGGUGAAAGCAUGUCUUAUUGCUUUUCUCACGGCCUCCAAUGGGACCUCACACACAACAGCAAAACCUGCCGAAACCGACACGCCGAGCACAACCAAAAAGCAACCCUCAUGAACAUGUGCGGCGGCCGCUGCCAAAUCAAACGCAAACCAGGCGAAUCCCCCAUUGUCAAGUUCGUCCCCAACAAUCGCAACACACGCACACCGAAUAAUGGCAAUGCCAACCACUCCGCACGCAGUGACAGCACCGAUCGCACCACUACCACCACAGAAUCGGACGUUAGCUCCCUCUCUACGGGUCGCACGCCUGACAACUGAAAUGGAGAGGAGCCGGUAGCCCGUAAUAGUAACAAUAAUAACAGAACAAAUAA